UAAAUUUUUAACCCGGAAAAACUUGUUGGGUUUAUAUGGAGGUAUCAUCCAAUAGGGAACAUUUAAUAAAUGGAAAUGAAUUAUAGUUUUUUACAGUUAAAUGGGUGCUUUUUUAUUCUCUUUAACAUUUAAAACCAUAUCAGCACACAACGCAUUUCUAUAGUAUACAAUUGCAUCUAUCGUUAUUGCAUCUAUCGUUAUUGCAUCUGUCUACACUAUAUUAGUAGCAGCGCCUUCCAUCUCAUAACUCUGACCAACCAAGUCGCAUGAGACAACCAAGUCGCAUGAGUAUCACAAAUAUCACAGGCAAAAAGUCAUAAGGAAUCGAUGAAAGUGUUUUUGAAAUGAAUCGAAGUGACAGUGAAUCAGAAAGUGAGGGAUAUCCAGAUGAUAACGACACCAGUUAUUCACCUGAUGGAAUCGAUGAAAGUGCUUUUGAAAUGUAUGGAAGGGACAGUGAAUCAGAAAGUGAGGGAUAUCCAGAUGAUAACGACAUCAGUUAUUCACCUGAUGGAAUCGAUGAAAGUGCUUUUGAAAUGUAUGGAAGGGACAGUGAAUCAGAAAGUGAGGGAUAUCCAGAUGAUAACGACAUCAGUUAUUCACCUGAUGGAAUCGAUGAAAGUGCUUUUGAAAUGUAUGGAAGGGACAGUGAAUCAGAAAGUGAGGGAUAUCCAGAUGAUAACGACAUCAGUUAUUCACCUGAUGGAAUCGAUGAAAGUGUUUUUGAAAUGCAUCGAAGUGACAGUGAAUCAGAAAGUGAGGGAUAUCCAGAUAUUAACGACACCAGUUAUUCACCUGAUGGAAUCGAUGAAAGUGCUUUUGAAAUGUAUGGAAGGGACAGUGAAUCAGAAAGUGAGGGAUAUCCAGAUGAUAACGACAUCAGUUAUUCACCUGAUGAAAUGUUUGAAAUAGACAGUGAAUCAUGUGAUGAUUCCGAGAUAUGCAGAAAAAGAAAACGCAAAAACCCAGGCAAGCAAAUCAACGUCUUGACACCAAAGGAGUUAAGACAUUUUUUUGCUCAAAGGAAAAUUUCCAAAUCUUCAAGAAAAUGGGCGCGAUCCACAUCGAACAAAUUCCUUUCAGAACUUCGUGUCCACUUGAAUCGUCUCUGUAGUAGCCGUCGGUCCGGAUGCGUGUUCAGCCAUUUUGAAUACACCGGAAGCUUUUACGAGAACUUGAAAACGGAUCAUGCGGACGAGCUUGACAUAAUGGUUGCUUUCAAAGCCAACUUAAGUCAUCUAGAGAUCGUCGAGGACCGCCCUGGCUACGUAAAGCUGCGGCAACGUAUUGAAGGGCAGUUUGUAUCAGAGGGUAAAAAUCGUGUAUUGCAGAAGGGGUAUUUGAGUCCUGUUCUCGUGUGCAAUUGGUUCUUCGGUUUGAUACAGCACGCAUUGAAUAAAAUUACGAUUCCAGGUCUACAAUGCACAGCGGGAAACAAGAAAGGACCUGCGGCAACACUAAAUGUUCAAGCGACUGAUAAAGAACUUGACAUUGAUCUUGUUCCUGCGCUAUUGUUCAAGGAUGACAAGGAGAAGGAAGGUAUUGAGAAGAGGGUGAGACAUUACGUAGCCAAACCCACAGCCGAUGACGAACUUCUCUGGAGAAACUCAUUUUCUCUGGAUGAAAAAAGAAAGUUGUAUAACAUAGAUAAGAAGGAUAAGGGAUGUCGGCAUGAAGUAAUACGGAUAGCAAAGUCUAUCAGACUCAAAGAUAUCCCGCUCCAUCACCUUUCCUCUUACCACAUUAAAACCGUCUUCUUUCAUUAUAAUUUCGGAAAGGAGGAUUUGGACUGGAGCAAGGAUAAGGUUGUAGAUCGGUUCAUUGGUUUGUUGCAACUCCUGCGGGACUACGUGAGUAAACAGAAUCUACCGAGUUAUUACAUCCCAAGGUUGAAUUUGUUUGAAAAUUUUGACAAGGAAUUGCUUAGAAGCAUUGAAGGCAGAUUAUCGGAGCUCAUUAAACCACAAAGUGCUUAUAAGCGACGUAAACUGCUUGCAUUACCUCUCCAUAGUUCACAAGAAAAAGGAGAGUAAAGCAUACACAACCAAUCAGAGAGAGUGUAAGAUAAAUCAUGCAGUAUAAUAACCAAUCAGAAGAUACGUAAAGACUGACGUGAACUGCUGGGAUUACUUGUUCAUGAGCCAAACAAGAGUAAAGCAUAGACAACCAAUCAGAAAGGGUGUAACAUAAAUCAAAGUUAUAAUAACCAAUCAGAAGAUACGUAAGGACUGACGUGAACUGCUGGGAUUACUUGUUCACGAGCCAAACAAGAGUAAAGCAUAUACAACCAAUCAGAAAGGGUGUAACAUAAAUCAUAGUAAUAAUAACUAAUCAGAAUAUACGUGAGAAUAUACGUGCGAUUUCUCAUAGACAUCCAAUCAGAGAUGGUGUAAGUGAAAUCAUGCAGUCAUAAUAACCAAUCAAAAUAUACGUAAGAACUGCCGUGUGAACUCUCAUAGACAACCAAUCAGAGAGGAAUAAAUUACUUUUAGUUUCUUC